CUUCCGCCCGCGCCCCGGCAGGGACACAGAGUCUCAGCAGCCCUGCGGCAGGAGCCCAUGGCCCGGCCCUGAGCCCUCCAUCUCCUCCCUGCCUCAGGGGGUGGCCUCUGGGCCACUCACCCAGGGAAGCCACAGCCCAGGAACUACAGGAAUAUGGCAUGCCUGCCCACCGCCCCACCAGCACUGGCCUUGAGGAGGUGGCUGGGGCUGGGACUCUUCGUGGGGCUCUGCCUUCAUUUAGGCUGUGCACUGGAGAAGAAAGAAGUCAAAAGCAAACUUGGGGAAACAGUUGGCCUGCCUUGUUGUCAUGAAAUUCCCAGCUCGGAUAGCCUACAUAAUUACCGGGUCUACUGGCAGAAGAACAUCAGGGAGGUAGUACUUGCUUACGCAGAGGGGAAGGAGAUCUCCAAGAACCAGCGGUACGAGAACCGGACAGAGAUGAAUGAUAGAAACUUCACCCUGUGGAUCUCCCCCGUGGAAAUCCCGGACAAAGGCCCUUACCAGUGUAUAGUUCAGCACCUCAAAUCUUCGCAGAACCCAUCUGUUCUGUGUGAUGAGACUGUCACCCUCGUUGUUGCAGCUGAUUUCAGUGAGCCGAACAUAACAGCAGAAGUAACCGCUAGUUCUUGUGAAUCAAUGGAAAUGGUGGUAACGUGUUUUUCUUACGGAGGUUUCCCCAAACCCAAAAUGUCUGGAACCCUCAACAACGAGUCCGUGGUUUGGAAUGUCAGCUGGGUGUCCGAGUCCAGCCUCAGCCCGUACAACGUCACUGGCAAACUGCAGCUCAACGUGACCAAAGAUGUCAUCUUCACUUGUUCCGUUGAAUCCGAUGGCUUGACCAAGUCCGCCAGUUUGCUUCUGAAAAAAACAAAUGACUGCAUUGUCCCUACCGUACCUCCAUCUUAUAAUGUCAUUACUGCUUCAAGUAUCAUCAUUAUCAUCUUCCUUUUGGCUAUCACCCUAGCAGCAAGAUACCUCCCAAGGCAUGUAUGUUCUCGCUGUCAUAAGCCACAGGAUUCAGUGGAAGAGGGUGUGAAAGAAUGUACGAAGACACCCUUGAGCUCUAAAGUGACAUCUGAAACAUCAUCUGUAUGACCAGAUCACAUUUGCAGGUUUGUUAUCCUGUGUAUUCCGCACUGCAGUCCCCACUCUUCGUUGUACAGCAAUGCUUACUGCGUGGACCCUUUGGCUCUCUGAAAGGGGAUGAGACAGCGGUAGAAAGCUGCUCAAGAAGACUGACAACAUUAUCUUGUGUGAAUGAAUACAAAACCCCACCUAUGCCCCAGAAGCUGUGGGGUGGUCUCAUUACAAAGGGGUCGCCGGAAAUCCAGCUGGGAGGACCCUCCAUGUUCCUGGAACGGGGCAGAAGAAAGCCGUCAGCAUCAUGCUGCUCCAGCCUACCAGUUCAAGAGUUUGGGAUCCUCUGGCUUUGAUGCUGUCUCUAUGAAAAUCAGGGGGCCUGCAGAGCCCUAGCUGGUAGCCCACACCCACCUACCCCUUUAGUAACAUAGAGCUGGCCUUUGGGAGACCUCGACACAAUGUCAUGGCAGGCUGUGCUUCCAUGUUGCAACUGGGAGCAGCUAAAACUUCUUUUAUAUUCAGCCUCGCACGGAUAUCUGCCAGGACUCUUCUUUGUGCUGGAGGACUUGAUUUGGACUUGACCAUUGCAGAUACAUGUCCCUUCUCCCCUAGAGAGACAAUAAUGCACACCCUUGUCAUGGAAAAAGCACCUUGAGGUGGGACUGUAUGCCUCAUGCUCAUAUUCUGUGCUACGAGACUUUUUAGGGAACGACACAUACUGAUGGCACACCUAACAACUAACUAAUAUUGCUUAUCUACAGCAGUGGCAGAAGUUCUCAUAACCUUUCUCUCCUGAAAGGAUGGCCUGGCCAACGCAGGUACCGCUGUACAGCUCCUCCAUCAAAUCACUCACUCAUCCAGGAGCACACCCGACACAGCACAGCCCACUGGUGGCGGUGCAGGCGAGUGCACACCUUUGCACACACACACACACACACACAUGCACAAGCUUUUAUAUGCAUUCCUUCCUAUCCACACUCGUAAAGCUCCGUUUAAAUAUUUGUAACGUUCAGUGGCUAUCUCACGUGUAUCCACUGAAAUGAAACAUAACUCAGGGCCUUGCUUUGUAAAUACUUGCUUGUAAUACUUGCUUUUGUUUGUAGCUUUGCCUAGUAAUACUUGUUAGGGUGGGCUCAAUACCUGUAGGAGAUUCUUCUGAGUCUCUCACGGCAGCGCAGGGAUUUACUUGGUGCUCUGAAGACUGCUGCUUUCUGCCAGUGUUUUCUCUACCCAGCCAGGACUUGAAGGACAUUCCCUACAGGAUGCUAACACUGGAUAGGACUGAUCUGAUCUGGGUGAUAUUCUUGCCUACUGUGUAGGAAAAAGUGGUUUCUCAAUUUGAGGGGAAAAGAGGAGAAAGACCCAAGCCCCAACAUGCUACUUAAGCUGCUCUGCAUACUCACCUAACUCAACCCUGCCCUGAGUUCGACAGGUUUGUUUUUCUCUUUUGCUCUGACCCACUGCAAGCUGCACCCAGCCCCUUACAGCUCCAUCCAUGGGUGUAGUUAGCAGGGCAGACCGAAGCCUGAAAGCACCACACUGUCUUCUUUGAGGGAAGUUUUGUUGCUUGAGCCAUUUACCUUGCUAGGACACAGCAAAGAAAUAUUUCAUCCAUUUCACUUUUUUUUUUUUUUUAGCAGGAACAUAUUGAGAGAGAAAUUGCUGGAGGAAAUAGGAGCACUAAAAGCGGUUUAUAGAGGAUUGAGCUCUGAGAGGCUAAGGGAUCAAGUCGCUAGUGAAAAAUAAAGGCACUGCUCCCUUUCUGCUCCUGCAGAGUCAUGCUGCCCCAGCAGCUUUUUUUACUGCUUUUCCAUUGUAUGCAGUGAAACGGGAACUUCAGAACAUUCUUGUGGAGGGUUUUUUGACAGAGGAAAGGAGGUAAGGUGGGUGAUAAGGAAACAAUACUCUUCGCCCUUGUGCAUUCUGGUUGCAAGCAGAACACAGGUGACACGGAAAGCAGUUUUAGCAAAUGGCAGCCUGAUGUUAUUGCAGGAUUUGGUGUAUGGGGAAAGGUGCCUCAUACUUUUCACAUUUCCUUUUCUUUUGGUCUAUGUUUGUACUUUCCAGCACAAACUACUGGCUUCUUGCAGGCUGAACACCCUAUUUUUGUAUUCACUUUGAUAAUUUUCAAUAUUAUGCUUCCUCCCCUGCUAUAACCACGACACAUUUCCACCUUACCAACCACACCACAGCACUGACAAUUGUACCUGCAUGUUUCCCCCUCUAUCCCACGCUCUACUUCUGCUCCUGACUGGUGAUUGCACAGCAUCCUGGAGAAGAGUUUGCCUUUUGCACUGUGCCAAACCUUUCUACAUCACCACAGACUCCUGUGACACUUUAAGUAAGUCCUUCUAAAGGAAACAAGAUGUGUUCAGCAUCAGCUUGUUUUUAUAUUCUUGAUGGGUGGGUAUUUGAUUUAGUUUUUCCUUAAGCACUUAUACUAUGAAUCAUGUUUUCUAUUGCCUUAUGCUGUAUUCAGUGAAUUGCACACAAAUGGUUUCCGUGAGACCUUUUCAGCCUAUUAUCUGGGUCGUUGUACCAGGUGACCUGCUCUGUGUAUCAUGGGUAUUUUGUACAUAACAUUUUUUUCCCAGGGUUCCUCCUGCAAUUGUAUUAAAAAAUAAAUGGUAAACUCAG